CUGAUGGGUGUCCCGUGGCUGAUGGGGGCAGGAGUACAGGGUUGGGCCAUUCCUGCCCAGGGGGACGACUCUGAGGGGCUCUCUUACCCAUCAGAGCUCCCCACGCGUUUGGCCACAGCCCAGGGGCCUCUGCUUGGCAGCUCAGCUUCUCGCUGCGCCCAGCCACGUGGCUUCCUCCCCCGCAUCUCUGCACAGGGCGAGGAACACCCUACUCCAAAGUGCAGGUGCGGCCGCCUCCUGGGAUCCGACCUGUGAUGGCCUCCUAGCAGAGCCCCGCCUGCCAGCCCCAAAGGACACAGCUCCGCACACACCUGUGGCCCGCCUUUAGUCCCGCCCACACCUCCCACCACCUGCCGCCUGUACACCUACUCGAUUGCCUAUUGGCUACUGCCUCCCGCCCCCAAAGCAGGGAUCUUGUCCGUUUUGCGGACCGGCACCGGGACCCUGGAUGCUCUGCCCUUGCGCCUCUGGAGCCCCGCUGGCAGAAGGGGAAACUGAGGCAGGGGAUGCCGCUUGCCCGCGACCACGCGGCUGACGCGCCGCAGACCCUCGCGCGGGUUGGCGGGUUCCACGCCGCGGCACCCAUACCCCGCCCUCGGGUGCCGGGCUUCCCGCCCUUAGCGGGGCAGGGCGUCCUCGGGGCGGAACCCCGAGCCGGCCAUCUCGCGCCCCGAUCUCCGCCGAUUGGCGCGCGCGGUGGCCCGGAGUCAGCCCAGGAGGUGGGGCGAGGCUCCGCGUCCAAUCGCGGGGCGCAGGGACGCUCGGCGCGCAGGAGCCGCCUCCGAUUGGUCGUCCGCCGCACCACGUUAGAGGGGGCGGGGCUUCGGCCGGCUCGGAUGGCGCGCGUCCCGGAGGUGGCCGAUCAGAGGGCGCAGGUGAGCCGGGCUGUGCAGAGAGAGUGGAAGGGAGGGGGAGAGACAGAGGAACAUCCAUGUGUGAGAGAGAGACACCGAUUGGUUGCCCCCGCACGGCCCGGAUCGAGCCUGCAACCGAGGUACAGGCCCUUGACCGGGAAUCGAACCCAGGAACCUUCCGUCCGAAAGCCGGCGUUCUCGCCACUGAGCCACACUGGCCAGGGCUGUGUCUGCCACGUGAAGGCUCGUGUCCUGACCCUUCCAGGAGGCCUCCAUCCGUCCACCCGUUGUUGGUACUUGCUGUUGCCGGACCCUGCGUGUGCCCGGCAGAGCACCUGCGGGUGA